AUGAUCCCUACAACGGAACUCGAAGCACGCCACGGUAUUCCUGGCUGUUCGUACAGUAUACAUCGAAGUUCCAUUGAGGAUCUGGACGAAGGGCGACCUGCUGGACCACCGAUCCAAUUCGCUCGAGUCGGGGAUCGGGUGCUGCAUCAAUGGCAUUGCAACGAUAAAAUGUUUGGAGUGCUUAUCAAUAAUUGCUAUGUCACCGACGGUUUUGGAAAGAAGGCAGAUGUCAUUAAUGAGAAAGGCUGCCCUGUAGAUCCCAUUCUCAUAACUGGCAUUCGAUAUUCAGCAGACAUGCAAAGGGCAUACGCGGAAUCUUCUGUAAGUGAUUCUAGUGUCAUAUCUUUUAGAAUUCAGCUUUGCUAUCGAGCCAUAUCAAUUUUGCUUCAUCACAUCGUUAUAAUUGCUCCUCAAAACUUAUCAACUUCUUAA